GGAUCCACGUACAGGACAAACAUUAUAAUAUUAUAGUGUGAUGAGUAUAUAAUAUAUUACAGUGUGAUUCACAAAUGUUACGCAUCCCCUUCCCGCCAGGGGGCGAGAGAGGGGUAUGUGGGACUCCCCGGUGAACGGCGUUCCCGGUAUACCCACUGAAAAGACCCAGCGGCACUCCGACCUCGCCUGAGUGCAGGGGGCCUGGGAGUCUAUGCCAACAAAUGCUUGUCCAAAGUCAGGGUGUCUUUGUACAUAUGCCUUGGAUGUUUAGGUUUAAGUAGGUAUAGGUACUAAACUAAUACAGGCUGCAACAGGAAUACAAAAUCUGUGAAUAUUUCAUAUUUUAACUCUCUCAUCUCUGGGACUCUAGCUUUCGUGAUUUUUGGGAAAAAAUCCCCUGGUGACAGACGAAUCCUUUUUGUCCUUUGGGUACGGAAUCCUAAACUUGCAGGCUAUAGUAGAACGUUAUGGUGUGAUGUGGUUUAUGGAUGGGUACAAGAAAAGGUAUGCAAAAAGUCAAUAAUAAAAACGUUCCAGGUUUAAAGCACAAAGGCACAGAUACUAACUCGACCAACUUCCGAAAGCAGUGUUAAAUUUUUAGAAAUCACUUUAGAGAUUAAGAUAAUAUUAAAAAUAUGGAUGGGUACAUUUUAUUACUGUAGAUAAAUUCACGCCACAAUGGACUUUGAACUGUUUAUAAUUUUUGGUAUUAUGAUCAUGCUUAUAAUGGCAUUCAACUCAGAGUGGAAUGAGUAAACGUCAAGCCGUCAACGUCAAAUAUUGUCAAACAAACAAAAUUGUGAGGCCGUCCUCGUUAGUGUUUAUUUUUAUAAUUAAAUAACCGAAUAUGUCAUUAUGACCAAGAGCUGUUAUCAUGUAUAAACGGGUGCAUUACUGGGGAACAAUAUUGUUUAUGUGUUCACUUAUUUAUUUAGUUAGAGUUGUUUUUACGGAGGUGUUUGAUGAUGAAAGUGCUCUGGUUGACGAGUGGCUGGAUCAGAAUGAUUUCGGUGAAUACAAGAAGCUCUUUAGAGAAUACGGUAUCUCGACGUUGUCCGGAUGCGGGUCCCCGGACCAGUUGGACCGGCUGCCGGAGCUGCCGGCGGCCGAGGAGAAGCGGCUGCGGCGCGCCGCGCAGGUGCUGCAGCAGCGGCUCGUGCUGCGGCAGUGGCUGUCCACGCACCGCCUGCAGCACACAUACACCAAACUCCUCAGUCUCGAUGUGUCAUCACUGGAGGACGUGUACUGGCUGGAGGACAGCACGGCGCGCCACGUCCUUGACCCCAAGGACUUCGGAGCGUGGUCGGCGGCGCGCCAGAGUCUACCCACUGGCAAGGAGGCGCUGCAAACCCUGAAGGCCGACCUCUGGAGUGCUGUGGUUAAGAACAGCAAGCACCAGGACGCCUGGACUUGGGGUGGCAUGUUGGUCGUGUCAGUGUCAGUCUGCGGUCUGGUGACCCUGGCGGCCAUGACGCAGCCUUCCCUAGCGCCGGAAGCGAAGCACUCGCUACUGCAGUAUGUCACUGGCAAAUAUUUGCACCCACCUAGUUGUAAGGUUGAAUGGGGUUGGACGGAACCCCAAGCAGUAGGUGAGACGAUGUGCUUCACCGUGCACUGUUUCCAACGUAACGGUCACCCGUACCCGAUCUGUGAUACCGACGAGCUGUCCGUCUCCAUAUCCCACGGCACCAGGAAGGUGACGGCUGUGGUAGAACUAGGUUCAGGAGAUCCGGCGCAAGCCAACACCGCCAGAGUGAAGUUUACCGUUAGGACUGCUGGCGUCUACAUCGUGUCUGUUAUGAUUGGCGGCGUGGCCAUCAGCGGCAGUCCGUUCCGGCGCUGGUUCACGGCGGGGCGCGUGGAGGCGCGGCGCUCGCGCGUGGGGCGCGCGCACCACGCGCUGGUGUGGGCGGCCGCCCACGCGCGCACGCUGCACGUGCACCCGCGCGACCACUACGACAACCCCGCGCCGCUGCCCGACACGCAGCCGCCAGAGGGUUUCUCCAUAAAAAUCAACCCUCUGGGUGGCGAGGUGGACGAGAAGCUGUCGUCUUCGGCGACGUUCACGUAUGACAACGUGAACCAGCGCGUGAGCAUGUCGCUGUGCUUCGAGCGCGCCGGCGUGUACCGCGCGCAGGUGCUCUACGAAGACAUACUGCUGCACAACGGGGAGUUCGACUGCAUCGUGCUUACUGCUAGCGACACCGCAACAGUCCAGCGCAACAUAUCGUCGAAGCGCCACAACAUCUGCUACGAGGCGCGGCUGCUGACCGGCAAGCCCCGCCGGGUGCUGUGCUGCAUCAGCCCCAAGCAGCUCACGCUCAAGGACUACAUCCUCAAGUUCAUACCCAAGAGGAUCACCAGCUUCCGACUCUGCCCCUCUACCAAGUUGAUCCUGAAGCCGACGCCGGCGGGCUCUGGCCCGGGCGGGGAGUUCACGCUGGAGGACGGAGUGCAGCCGCAGCUGGAGCUGGUCUCCGCCGAGCGGGACCUCAUCGCCGCCACCUUCACGCAGCUGCUCAUCGCCAACUGCGGCGGAGAGGAUACCUUCAAGAACAAGCAGGAGUUCUUCUACUCUGAGAUCCGCAAGGCCCACGCGCGGCACCCUCACGAGAAGCUGGCCAUCCGCGUGCUGCGCUCCGAGCUGCUGCGGUCCAGCCUCAAGGCCACGCGCCACUUCACCGUGCAGGACUGGUGCAAGAACUUCGACGUCACCUUCCAGGGGGAGCAGGGCGUGGACUGGGGCGGGGUCCGGCGCGAGUGGUUCUCGCUGCUGUGCGCGCAGCUGUUCGACGCCAAGUUCGGGCUGUUCGUGUCGUUCCACGACUCGCCCACCGGCCUCGUGCAUCCCAACCCCGACCGGCCGCCGCAUCUCAAGCUAAAACACUUCGAGCUGGCGGGCAAGCUGGUGGGCAAGUGCCUGUACGAGAGCGCGCUGGGCGGCUCCUACCGCCAGCUGGUGCGGGCGAGACUCACCAGGUCCUUCCUCGCGCAGAUCAUAGGCCUCAGGGUGCAUUACAAGUACUUCGAGCAAGACGACCCCGAGCUGUACCUGUCGAAGAUCAAGUACGUGUUGGAGACAGACCUGGACAGCGGCGACUCCGUCCCCGAACUGUACUUCGCGGACGACGUGUACGACGCGCGCGGGCAUCUGGUCGAGACUCACGACCUCGUGCCCAACGGGGCCACCAUCAGGGUCCGCAACAGCAGCAAGGUGUCGUACCUGGACCUGCUGGCGCAGUGGCGGCUGGCGGCGCGCGUGCGGCCCGAGACCGACGCCUUCCUGCGCGGCCUCACGCUGCUCGUGCCCGACAACCUGCUCGCCAUCUUCGACGAGAACGAGCUCGAGCUGCUGGUGUGCGGCACGGGCGAGGUGUCGGUGUCGGACUGGCGCGCGCACGCGCUGGUGUCGGGCUCGGGGCGCGACUGGGAGCGCCUGCUGGGCUGGUUCUGGGCCGCGCUCGCCAACUUCAGCACCGAGGAGCGCGCGCGGCUGCUGCAGUUCACCACCGGCUGCUCGCAGCUGCCGCCCGGCGGCUUCCAGGAGCUGAAUCCUCGGUUCCAGAUAACCGCAGCUCCCAACUUCGGCGCUUUGCCCACUGCCCACACGUGCUUCAACCAGCUCUGCCUGCCCGACUACGACAGCUACGAGCAGCUCGUCCACGCCCUACUGUGGGCCAUCAACGAAGGCGGCGAGGGCUUCGGCAUGAUAUAAUGUAACUAUACAUCAAAAUUCUCAUACUUGCUCGGUUCGGUAUGACAUGUAAAAAGGAAUAGUGUAAACGCACUUGAUUUGUUGUGAAAAUCGAUUCAAAUCGAUUAGUUAAUCGAUAUUAUAAAAAUCGAGCGAGGAUGAUCGAAAUAAUGGAUAAAUUUAAGAAAUCGAACAAGUUUUCAAUAUCAAUCAUUGCUCAUUUGAAAGUAAUGCAUCCAAAAACAAUAAUUGUCAAUAUAUAGUAUAUUGUUGGACUAUGAACAAUUGGAAGCAUAAGCAGGCGAGCCUACGACAGAUCUAGUCAUAAUUCUAUGUCAAAUUGUUAUACGAACGUAUCGUUUCGCGUUGUGGCUCACACAGUGGCCCGUGUAUUAUAACUAGUCACAACUUAACUAUUACCAAAAACUUAGCUAUAUCCAGUUUAAUACUGAAUAUACCUAUUUGAAGUCACAAUAUAAAAACUGUGUUAGAAAUAUUGAUGCAAACCAAGCAAACAUUAUACCGAGGCGACGAAUGAAAGUUAACGCGGGCCCGCGAGACCAUGAGCCUUUAAAUAAUAUUGGAAUCCUGCCAAAGACGAAGUCCAUCUACAUGGAAUUGAUAAACGUAUGACAAUAACAAGUUAAGGAAACAUCUAUGUUAAUUGUCUACACUAAUAUUAAGAGAAAAGUGAUCCGAUAAAAUAUAAAUAAACGGAAAAUGUAACGGAGCGAUUAAACUUAAAAAAAAAAAACUAAAAACGUAUUAAGACGCAGUGAGAUUAAAUAAAGCACAUUUAUUUGUACAUUUUAAAUUUAAUAUUAAUUAAGAAGCACGCUUUUACUUUUGUAAGCUGUUAGCCUAUACUUGAAUGUAUAAACUAAGGUUAGUCACGAAUCGCGUAUUAUUAGCAUUCUGAUUAUACUGUAUUGCUUAACUCAAGGUUGUCACGGCUACGUAUUAUUGUAGUAUUAUUAUUUACAGCACGUUGAUAAUUUAAUAGUUAUAUUCGUAGCAAUUCAAUUAGUUCGUUUUGGAAAUAAGCAAAAGGUUUGCAUUGUUGUAGGCAAGUGACUUGAGUAAUCUGCAAUCUUAG